AUGCUCAAUUAUCGGGCCUUGUCCCUGGUGGACCAGCAAGUGGUGGAUGUCGAGUACAGCAGAGAUGGAUCUUAUCUAGCUGUGGCAUUUGCACAAGAUACAACAAUCAAAGUUUACGACUGCGAUACUCUCGAGCAGCUUUAUGAGGUGCCUAAUAGUUCAGCAGGUAAGUCUGGAUUUCUGGCAUUAAAGUGGCUUCCCCACAGAGCCAACUUUGUUUAUGUUGCUGAGAAUGGUAGGGUGGUUGAAUUUGCGAAGAGAGACCAGAAAAUUGGCAAGUAA